CAGUCUGGGUGGUUCUGCUGCUGCUGCUGCUUUUGCUGUGUUGGGGGCACUCGACUGUAGUAAAAUAACAGCUGCACAUCGCCCUAAAGCUUGUUGCGCAAGCUUGAGUAGAUCUGAAAGAGCUUGGGAGCUGGAAUAGGUCCAGACUCUGGAGCAGCACGAAAUGCCCCAGAAACAGGCCAAUGCUCUGAAGAAGCAGAGGCAGAAGCAGAAGCAGCAGCAGUCCAGGCCCAGCUCAUUCCAGGCCCAUUUCAAACACACAGCAAACCAAAGCACAUUUACCCCCAACCAGGCUGAUCGCAGUCAGGGGCUUGGACAAGCAAAGAGCAAGACUAUAAAACCUCCCUCAUUGCUUCUUUCCUCCUCUCUCUUUCUCUUGCAAUCUCUGUACCUAGCUCUUCUACAGACACAAUUCCUUCUCCAACACUUCGCAAUGGGCUAUUCUUACGACUUAUCUGUUGCUCUCCACAAGCCAACCGAAACCGAUGGCAUCUUCACCAACACUGACAUUGUCUCUGGUUCUGUUCUCUUGCAGGUCCACAAGGACAUAGAGGUCAGCAACAUCAGUGUUAAAUUGCAAGGUGUCUCCACCACCCACAUCAAAAACGUCAAUUACGACAGGAAGAAGCAAAAGAAUAUCAAGACCGAAGACACUGAGGACUACAGGUUUUUGUACGAGACCUUGGAAGUCUAUCCUCCUGCCUCCAGGGGCUUUUUUGGCUUGGGCUCCAAAGGCUCUUCCAAAAAGCAGUCAACAAAAACCUCAAAGAGUGUAUCAACCAUCAAGCAAGGUAAGUACGAAUAUCCUUUUCAAUUCAGAAUCCCUGAGAACACCGACAGUCUUGCUCUUCCCCCUACUCUUAUUGAAACAAGAAACACUUCUGAUGCUGAGCUAGAAAACACCCAAACAACCGAUAUUUCCAUUGAAUAUUUUGUCAAGGUCACUGUUGCUAGAGCAAGUCACUUUAAAGCCAAUGGCAGAGUUGAUGAGAAAUUUAUCUUCAUUCCAUCAAGCUCUUUGGUAAUCGAUGGUGUCAAUACAGCUACAAACCCAUUUUCUGUUGCAAAAGAUGGAAUCAUUGACAUCAAGUCCCCAUCUUCUCCAAUCGAGUCUGCUUCAUCCUUAGAAGUCUCAUCAACACCUCAAUAUGAAAUUCCCUUUACUUUUGAGCUCAAAUUCCCAAAGAAUCUCCCCUACUUGGUCGUCGACGAAUCCUUUCCAGGUGUAUUUGUUAUCACUUCUAAAAAGAGUCCACAGGAUUUAAAACAGUCCGCUGGUUCUGAUAAAAUCUAUCUAAAAAGCUUGAAACUCAAUUUAAAUUCAAAAACUGAUAUUAGAGCUGAAUCUAUAAAAGCUGAAUAUUUAGAAGCAACAACUUUAAUUCAACUCAACGAUCCAAUUCUUUUAGAUCUAUCUCAAGCUCAACAAAUCAAUUCUUCAACCCCUGAUACCUAUGCUUAUCAAUUAACUAUUCCCGAGGAUACCUACAAAUCAAAAUUGAUCCCUGGUUCUCUUUAUGAAACUUUGAAAACGAGCAAUAUCACAAAGUACCACGAUCUUCAAGUCUUUGCUGAUUUCACCCCAGAAAAUAAAUCCACUAUUCUUUCAUUGGAUUUAUUGGUCCAAAACAUUCCUGUCAUCCAAAACGUUUACAAUCCAAGAACUAGAAAAGAUAUCAAUUCAUUCCUCAGUAUCUCUCAAACUGAUCCUUCAAUUAGACCAAAUGAAGAAGUCAAAUUCUCCCAGGCUUAUUCUGAAUUUGGUGAUUUUGUAAGACACAAAUUUAAAAAGGGUUCCAAUGAUGCCUACUACGGCUCUUCCUCGACUGAAUCUCAACAACCUUCAAAAACUUCUCAACAACCACCAAAAUUACCACCAAGACCUGAUUCUUUUGACAACUCAAGUUCUCAUUCCACCCCACCACCAUCAAUACCACCUACUUCUCAACAAACUUCAACUACCCCAGUAGUAACAUCUCCACCACCAACAGCAACAUCUUCUUCAUCUUUAUCUCCUCAACAAAAAGAGGCUGUCCCAACUGCUGCCAAAGCCGAUGCCCCAACCUUGCCUUCUACCUCAGCCUCUGUUUCGGCUGCUAUCCCAGCUCCUGUUUCUAAACAACAACAAGUACCAACAAAAACUACUCCUUAUGAGCCAACAGUCACAACCGAUGUCCCCAAACCGGUUCCUGCAUCAGAACCCAUUCCAGAAACAGCCACUCCAAACCCUGCAUCUUAUUCUAAUUCUAAUUCUAAUUCUGAUUCUAAUCCAGUUACUAGCUUGAAUAAAGAAUCUGUUCCUGCUCCACAACCCGUUUCAGCUCCUCAAUCUGUUCCUGCUGUUUCAACCUCAAUUCCCAUAAACUAUUAUCACAAGAAACCGGCUCCACCUCCACCCACUCAAUCUGUUGACACACCACCUAUUCCCGCUAAAAUCACAUCACCAGAAAAAUCAACUGCAGUUGCGCAACCACAGGUCUCUGCUGAAGUUCCCUCUCCAAUUCCAUCACCAACGACAGCUCCAGCCCUUACCCCUGUUUCCCCUGCUUCUACACCAAUUCCACAAACUUCUUCUAGUCCUACCUUGGGCUCUGUUCCAGGAGCUUUCCCAGGAGCUUUUGGUGUACCCACUUCUAAUAAAUCAGCCGAGCCUAAGAAACCAGAAUAUCCCAAUGAAAAGGCCAAUUAUUAUCCUAAUGAAAAAGCUGGUUAUUCUUCUAUUCAAGACCAAACAGAAAAGAAAUCAAAUAUAGCUCAACCACUGUCAGUGGCCCCAGCUAUUCAACCACAAGGAAACCACCAGUUAGAUGAAGAGCCAGAACAUCCUGAGUUUGCUCCUCCACCAUACGAAGAAUUGGCCAAUCCAGAAUUUAGCAACACUAGAAAACUAGAUGAAAAGAGACCCAGUGGCAAUUGAUCUUUAGGACUGCGAUAGUCAAAUUAUUUUUCUUAUUUUUUUUUAUAUUUUUAUAUAUAUUUAGUUAUUCAGUCAUUUAUUGUUUUAUCUAGACUUAUGUUUUCCUUUCUGUUUUCAAUGGAAUAUAAUUUAUCAAACAAACGCUACUUUAAGUGUCGCAACUUAGCUCCGCUUUUGCUGCGCACUUUAACAGCCGCAGGGUGACCUUUUUGUAGUUGCUUCUCAACACCCUUUGGAAAUUGCACAACGAACCGAGCAGUUGAAAUCACUUGGAGUACCAAUGUUUUUGCAUUUAUCAGCACUCAUCUUAAAAUGUCAAACAGUUCCAUAUUAGAAAAGACUUUGGAUGAAAUAAUUGGCGAGAAACAUGUAUGUUCGAUUCAUCACACUUUCCACAACAAAUAAAACAGUUUUUUUCCAGCUCUGGCGUCAUCAAAAUCAUCAAACCAAAUAAUAACCAAUUUUUUCAAUUAUCAU